AUGAACCUUGGCCAUUGGCCAGGAGCCGGGCACGUGAUCCCCGUUGCCACUGGAUCCCCAUCUCAGCCGCCCGGUCCUCCCCCGCGCCUCUGCAGAGGGGCAGCGGGUCCCGCCUGGCAUGGGCGGGCCAUGAACCCGCACCCCGAGCUGGGCUGGGGGGCCCAGCCCUGCCGCUGGCCCGGCCAGCCCCGGCCCUUCCUGCAGCCGCCCCCCGGCUCCUGCCCCGGCGCCCCCGCCUGCUGCCCGGAGCGCGGCCCGGCGGGGCGCGGGGACCCGCGGAGCCGCCUCUCCCGGGACGCCACGGCAACUUUUGAAUGGAUGAGACUCAAGAGGAACCCGCCCAAGUCAGCAAAGAUCAGGGACUGCAGCUUUGCUGGGGAGACCCAUGGAGCCUCUCCCAGGACCAACUUCAGCACCAAGCAGCUGACGGAGCUGGAGAAGGAAUUCCAUUUCAACAAGUACCUGACCCGGGCCAGGCGGGUGGAGAUCGCCUCGGCCUUGCAGCUCAAUGAGACCCAGGUGAAGAUCUGGUUCCAGAACCGCAGGAUGAAGCAGAAGAAGAGGGAGAAGGAGGGUCUCCUUGGGGGGGCAUCCAGCUAUCGCGGACACGAGUCCCCCUCUGAUAAAUCGGACAUCACAUCCCCAGCCAUCUCCCCUAGCCGAAGCCAGGAGGCCACCACCCCUCCCAUCUGAUGGGCCCUCUGGGGCUUUCUGCAGUGCUGGAACUUUUCUUCUCACCUUGUGGAGGAAAAAAAAAAGCACCAGAAAGACACCAGUCCAUCAGGACCACUUAGCUAGCCUCUUUGCAUCCAGCUUGCUUCUCGCAGAGCUUGGCUCCUGCCAAAGCCUGCAAAAGACUUUGGCGGGGGGAACACCCUCUAAAAACAUUUCUUGCAGUUCCCAGGCUCCCACCUCAGGGCUUUCCUGGUGCUUCUAAGCCAGCCUUCCUUCAGCAAGUGCAAAUGCAGAAAUAAUGGGCAUCCCAUUAAAGCAAAUUGCCCCAGCUAAGUCCUAAAGCAGAGAUUACAAAAAACCCCAAACCGCUGCCUAAGCAGAAAUGCUGUAGUCGUGAUAGUCAGCUGAUGAUGUAGCAGAGAUGGGUUGGGGGGGGGUGGAAUUUGUCACACAAUGCCAGUCAAAAAACCAAAAGAAUUGUAAAUUUAGAGGAAAACUUGUGUCAGGAAAAGCUAUCCCCCAAAACAGAGCGGAAAAGUUUAGGAGAACAUCACUCCCUUGUUUUUUUAUGAGCAGUUCUUCCAAAGUUCCCCGCUGUGAUUUUUGUUUGGGGACGCUUUUGGGUACUUUUGCACCAAACAGUUUGACUGCAUUGUUUUUGAAUGAACUAUAUUGGCAAUUUUUAAUUUUAUUUUUUUUGAGGGGGGGAGGAAUGAUCUCUUUCUCUCGGAAACAUUGCUCGGGUGUUUAAUUUUUGGGGGGGAGAGGGGAGGAACGAUCUCUUUUUUGGGUGAUCUUUAUUUUGGAAAACGAUCCCUUUUCAGCUCUGGCGCCAAGCUUUCCUGUUUUGUUGCGCUGGGACCAUCGUCUCCUAGAACUAUUUCUAGGAAAGAUGCAGCAUCCUGUAUGACGUGCUGUUGAGGUGAAACCUGGUAUACUUCUAAAGCCACUAAUGCUCUUUUUCGACCCAGGUUGGGGGGGGGGAAGGGUUGUCGCUGAACUCAGCAUUUCUCCCCUAAGAUAGCAACAGGGAACAGCGAGGGCAAUCAGAUUGUCCCUGAUGUGUCAGUGCCGUCUCUAGCCUGCCACCGAGCCACACACAUGGCACCCCCGCAGUGGGACGGUCCCUCUCUCUGGCAUGAUAUUAACCAAACAGAUCCCAAGCCCCUUGAAUCAGUGAAAAGAAUCGUAGCAGUCUCUAAUGGAUGCAUAUGGAGCAAGCUGUGUGCAAUAUAAUCCUUGUGUUGACAUGGUUAUUUGGUCAGGAAAUAUGAUGUUUCCCCCAUUUCCGAGUGAUGUUUUUUUGCACUAAAAGCAGCUUUGCCAUAAAUGAACAGAAGAUGGAAGGAGGGUUCAAAAGCCGUCUGAGUGAUGCGACGGACGUGAUAAUUAUGCUAUAAAUAAGCACUUCAGUCAGGAAAAGCUUAGAAGUGUAUUAUUUAUUUUCCCAUUGCCGAGAUUCUUCAUUAACGUUUAAAUCUGCUACAGCUGGAAAGAAAUACGCACUUCAUAUUAAGAGUGGAUUUAAAUUUACAGCAGGGAGGUGUGGAGAGAAAGCAGCAAGCAAACCAAAAAAAAAAGAAAAAAGAAAAUCAGGGGCAGGGUUAGAGACAUUUCAAAGGACAACGCGAGUACAGUGAGACGAGAAGCCAGCCUUUUAAAACUUUAAUGAAGGUGUAAAAGGGUACCCACAUUUUAUCAUUAUUGUCAUACUGUUAUUAGGGGGGCUGACCACUGAUGCUUGUAAAAAGUUUAUAUACAUUCCCUUGCACCGGGAAAAUAAUCUGUGCGUUCAUUUUCAUUACCACGGGCCUGUUAUUAAAUAUAUAUUUAAUAAAUACCAAAGACCUUUUGUAGAUGGAGGAUAUUAGUUGGAUUCCACUAGGAUCACAUAUUACAAGAGGCUUAGCCAUUGUAAGGAAUUAGGUGUUUUAGCCGUGUAUGUGGUUUGAAAAUAUUCAUUGAAGCCACCAAAUUUAACAGAAUACCAAAGGCUAUGCUGACAGGCUUUACCUUAGUUUUUGACUGCAAUUCAGCAAUAAAACAGUUAAUAAAACCCACGCAUGGGUGGGUUUUGAAACAGAACAUCUCUAGAAAUUGUUGCUGUUUUAAUCCGAGCUUUAAAUCUACAGUGCGCUCAAUUUUGCUGGGGAAAAAAAUGUGAAACUGUAACUAGGAUACCAAAUACGUGUAGAUACCAAAAAUGUUCUUUUUAUUCAUCUUUGCAUUGCAAAAUUCUCGUCGUGUGGAAUUAGCAUUUCUACUGUCAUUUGAAUGUUUAAGCUAUUAUAAUUUUUUUUUUUUACUUCUGCUGCUUUGUGCUGUUAUUUUUAUCUUCAUGCCAGUUUAAAAAUUCUCCUUUUUUUUUUUUAAUUACUCCACAUGGAAAGAUAAAGCUAAUUGAGGCAUUUGGUGGAAUCACAAAUUAUCUAGCAUUAAUGCAGGGGGGAAAAAAAAAAGUCGAUAGCGUAGAACGCUUAAGUAUUGCAAAGUUUAGUUACCACUGGCACGCAGUGCUUUAAACCUAAGGAAUACAGCCAAAUGCAUGGAGCAUGAGGCUUCUUUGGACGCUGGAGAAUAUUUAAAAGGCACGUGAAAAUGAAAGGAAGCUACUGCAAAAUUUCUACCUCUUCUUUGCUAGGACUAUCAGAAGGAAAAUACGGGUUUAUGUCGUUAUUUAUUUAUUUAUGUCAUCUUUAAAAAUGUAAGUGAGGAUUAGGGAGGGAGGGGGGAGCUAAGGGGAGGAAAAAUGGAUACGUGGAACAAUAACAUUAAAAGUUUGUCUCCCUUUGA